UCUGUACCUGGGGGAGCCUAGGACUGGGCUGGGGGUGAGGGAUGCUAGACUCUGAAGGCCUAGAUGGGAAGAGGGGAUCUGGGCCUGGGGAGGCAAUCCAGGGCCUCAACCUGAGCCUGGAGUUGGGAGGAGAGGGGCUCAGGCUGGGGCCAGAGCCCGGGAGGGGGUGCCUGGGUCGAAGAGGGGGAGCAUGGGCCUGCGCAGUGCCCCUUCCCUCCUCUCCCCCUCCCCGCAGGCGGCCUGCACUACCAGCUGACGGAGGGGGAUGUGAUCUGCGUCUUCUCACAGUAAGUGCUGCAGCCCCAUGCCCACCACGCCUCUGCCGCUGCCUCAGCUGCUCAAGUGUCUGUUGCAGAUAUGGGGAGGUCGUCAACAUUAACCUGGUGCGGGACAAGAAGACUGGGAAGUCCAAAGGCUUUUGUUUUCUGUGCUAUGAGGACCAGAGGAGCACCAUUCUCGCUGUUGACAACUUCAAUGGCAUCAAGAUCAAAGGAAGGACGAUCCGCGUGGAUCAUGUGGCCAACUAUCGGCCCCCCAAAGAUUCUGAUGACUUAGAUGACGUCACGAAAGCCCUGCAUGCAAAAGGCUGCGGAGUUAAAACACCACCUCAUACAUCAUCUGAUUCCCCAUCAGAAGAGGAUGAUGAUGUACCUGUAAAAAAGAAAAAAGACAAGGAGAAAAGCAAAUCGGAGCGGCAAAAGCACAGCUCGCAGGCUGUGAAGAGGAUGGUGUCUGCCGAGGAGGUGCGCCCCAGAAUCAAGAUUAAGAAGGAGAAGGAGGACCCUGGCUACGAGUGCUACACCAGCGAGAGCCAGCAGUCCUGGAAGGGCUCUGAGGGGAAGCCUGUGAGCAGGACUCAGAGAGAUGAGGAAGAGCGGAGGCACCAAAGGCCUUCAGAGAGAAGAGGGGGAAAGAGCUGCCAGGACCAGAGGGGCCAAAGCGGUUUGUGGGAUGAGAGGGAGAAGAGGGAAGAGGCUGGCAGGAAGAGUGACGGGUACAGCAGCUGGCGAGACGAGUGUCCCGAGGGAGGUAGAUCGCGGGAGCGUGGUGCCAGGGAGUCCCAUUCCAGGCAGAAAGAGCGGGGCUCUGUGAGAGGUUCCAGCCGCUGCUGAGCCCUGGGGACAGGCACUGACCCUGCUGGGAGCCACCCUCUCGGUGGCAGAGCAGGACCGUUCCAACAGCUUCACCUUCUGUCCUGGGACCAGGCUGCUGACUGGGACACAAACUUUGUUGCCUCCUGCAGCCCAUCUUGCAGGGACUGCUGUGCUGCAGCACAUGGAUAAUUGCUGGGAGCAGCAGGAUGCUCUCUGUCCCAAAAUGGUUCUGCCUGUCUAUCCUGGGGACUGCGCCCCUCGUUUGAGAAUAGUGGGCAUCACAUUGGCCUCGGGCUCCAGAUCCAAAGCUGGUGUGUGCUUAGUGCAUCUAGCUUCUGCAGUGGAUCCCGAGAUGCUGUUUUGUCAGGGAGAUUCACUGCAGUGUCAUUUGUUUUCAAUAGAACUUAAAGGGAAGGCAGGCCUAGGCGCAGCAUUUCUGCCAGGAAUUUUUAAGCUGCAUGAAACCCCAGGUGAUAGCCCUGGAGUCGGGGGGUGCAGAGCAACAGAGGGAGGGGUAGAGGUUUGAAAUAACAGAAAUAUGUUUGGGCAAAAAUAGUUGCAGUUUUUGUCACUGUUAACUUUUAAUUAACCAUUUUAAAGCGCAAAAUUCACUCUCCUUAUUUAUGCCAAGGGUUUUGGUUCCUCCGUUUGUACUUUUUUAUAUGACACUGUCAAAUUAAAGA